ACCGUUUUCUCGGGAGGACGGGUUGCUCGAGCCUGGCAAAGUUCUCUGAGGAAUCUGUGCCAUUACUCGCAUCAGCCAUCUAUUAGACGAAAUUAGAUAGUGAAACCGCUUUCUACAGAGCCAACAAAGGCUAUCUACUAACCACUGAAGAAUUACUUUAUCCUGCUCUUGCCAGUUUUGAACUAGACUCUCUCUUGUGCCAGAAUGUCAUUGGGUAGAGCCCAGCAGGAUCACGGUCGUGGCAUGAAGAAAGAUGGUCAUAAUAUUGGAUUCUUUCCUGCAGCACAGUCUGCAAAUGUCCAUGUGAAUCUUGGGAGAAUGAACCAGGGUGCACGAAUGGGUGGCUAUAUGAAUUUUGGACAGGGUCAGGGAGUGAACAUGCAAGGUGUGGGACAAGGACAUCAAAGUAUGUCUUCAGGUGGAGGGCCCUCUCGAUUCAGCAGUGCUUUGCCUUCCUUGUUUGAUGUAGGCAGUCGCAAUCAAACAUCAGUUGCCGUUCAAAAACAGAUUGAUGCAGACAGGGCGAGUAAUAUUUUGGCUACCUUUGGCCUUUCAUCCAGGGACUUGGAUGAACUGAGCCGCUAUCCUGAAGACAAACUUACUCCUGAAUCCUUGCCAGACAUUCUUAUGCAACUUAAAAGAAAAAGAAAUGAUGAAGGAACAUCUUUGAAUUACAGCAGAGGUGACAGUUCUCCUCGGGAUGAUCGUUCUUUCAGAACCUCCCGCAAUGAAUGGGAGGAAGAGAGGCGCUUUCGAAGUAAUUUUGAAGGUCGUGAUCCUGACGCUGAUCCAGUGGUCAAUUAUGACCAUGGUUCCUCUCGAGAGUCGAGUUCUAGAUAUUAUGACAGGAAGGACUAUGAUACUGAACGAUUAAGAGGUGAUGACUUCCGUAGAGAUGAUAUGCGUAUGUCUGAGUCAAUAUAUGAUUCCGAUUAUGGAAAAAUGGGGCCCUCUCCUUCACGUGGGCAAGAAAGGCCUCUUUUUGAGAGAAAGCGAGGAUCUCCUUCACUGAGCAACAUAAACGAUUACCAUGGUUUCUUGCCAACAAUGUUCCCUCAUUUGUGUUCGCUGUGUGAUGUAACUGUUCAUUCUGUGAAGGAUUGGAACCAACAUAAGAACGAACCAGCACAUAAACGGCGUUGCUUACUGCUUUUGGAAAUUUACCCGCAAUGGGUUCCAGAAGAUGUACCAUCCACAAGGAGCAAUCCAUCUGCACAACAGACCAAUAUUGCACCGGAUGCUGCAUCUGCACUCCUUGCAGCUAUCAGACAACUGGAUGCAAUGGACCCUCACGGAGGAAACCGCAAAGGUCAAAUGCAGAACAAACGGAACAUGCAAAUGGAUGAACCUGGUCGAGUGCUUCACAUGACAGAAUUACCAAAAGGAAAAUGCAAAGUGAAAGAUAUCCUACAACUCGCACAACCUUUUGGAAUUAUUACAAAAUACUUGCUUUUAAAUACCAAGAGUGAGGGAUUUGUGGAAAUGGCGACCAAUGCGCAAGCACAAACAGCAGUUGCCUUUUACAGUAUGAAGCCAGCCAUCCUUUAUGGCAAAAGGGUUCGAGUGGGAAUGUCUCACAAAUACAAGGAAAUUGAUUUGAAGAAGCAAAAGCAAGAGAGGAGCGGCGGCAGGGUAGCACUCCUCCAGAACCUCCCUCCUUCUGGUUACUCAGAUGCUGACAUUGUGAAAAUUGGUACUAGCUUUGGAAAAGUGCUUAAUUAUAUUGUGAUGAGACUCCGCAAUCAGGCAUUUCUGGAAAUGGAGUCAAAGAAAUGUAUGGUAGACAUGGUUAAACAUUACAAGAAAACACCUUUAAUAUUUCAUGGCCGAAAAGUAACUGUCGAUGCAUCUCAGAAAUAUAAGACACUUGUAUUAAAGAAACCAAGCAUCAAGGUUCAGGAACUGUUGAAAGAACAGGAUGAAGCAGACAGAAGACGGCAACGUUCCCGAAGCCCUUCCAAGAAAAAGCUACCGAGCAAAUCAAAGAACCCUCCAAAAUCUGAUGGAGAAAAAGGAGAGCAAAGAACCUCUGAGAGUUCUCCUUCCAAAGAAGUUGGGAAAGAGAAUUCCAAGGGAGAAAACAAACCAGAAAUAAAAUCCGAAGAGAAAAAUGAAGGGGAAGCUGUCACAGCUGUUGAGAGUGAAUCGGAGCUUAUUGAAGAAGGUCUGGUUGAGGAUCAGGGAAGUGGAGAGUCAGACAAUGAAGAAGCUGACCAAGAGGAUCUGCUGAAGGAAACAGACCAAGAAAUGGAAGGAGCAGACUCCGUACAUCCAGAUUCCAAAGCAGAGAAGGAGACAAGUGUACAAAACACUGCAGAAACAACUAAGGCACCAAUUAUUCGAAGGAGCAAAAGACAUCAACAAGCAGCAUCCCAGGAGUUAAAAGAAGAGUGCUUUCCUGAAAACAUUGAUGAAUUUGUGACUGUUGAUGAGGUUGGUGAUGUAGAGGCUGGAAAUCUGGAUCUUGAAGAUCUGAUGUCUUGUGAAGAUAACAGUAAUAAAUUGGAAACUGAUGAUGCUGAUACAAGCAUUCAGACAGAGAAAUCAGAGGACACCAGUGAACAAAAAGAUGAGGAUGUGAACAAAGCAAAAAGAAAACGUGGUCGGAAGAGGGGAAAGAACAUCAAAUCUAAAAAGACAGAACAAGGUGACAAAAAAGAGAGUGGUGAAGAAACAGAAGUGAAGCAAGUUGAAGAUGAAACAAUUGAAAAUAAGCAUGAUGGUGAUGAAAGGAAUGAUGUGCAGGAAGAGACCAUAUCAUCGUGUGUGGAACCAGAAAGCAAGCGUGCUCGUUCACGAUCCCCUACUCCAGAUGAGUACAGGCUUGGGCCAUAUCAGCCGAACAAUCCUGUAGGGCUAGAUUAUGUGGUUCCAAAGACUGGCUAUUACUGCACACUCUGCUGUCUCUUUUACACAAAGGAAGAAGUGGCAAAGAAAACACAUUGCAGUAGCCUGCCUCAUUAUCAGAAACUGAAGAAAAUGUUGGCUAAGCAAGCCGAAGAGAACCGUAAAGUUAAAACUGAAGAAAGUUCUGAAGUUCAAGCUUAAGAACAACAUGACCAGCGAAGAUUCCAGUGUUCAUAACUUUGUCUAACCAGCUAGCUAAUCAUCCUUAAAUUUACUAAUAUCUUAACAGUCAUUUUUCUUUUGUCAUUCUGACAGUGUUUGAGGAUGUCUUUGUAUUGCUGUGUACAAGCAUAUGUGAAUGGAAGGCCAACAGUAAUCUCGUUUUUGUUUGCAGUCAUUAUAAUUGUUAAAAGGAAAAUUGUUUCUUGGGGAAGUUGGGCAAGCUGUUGCAUUUCUAGGAACAUUGCAAUGGGGAUUGAUAGCAUCUGUGCUUACGCCAGAAAUGUCAGGUAUUGGAGUUCUUAGAGCAAAAAGAAUCGUUGGUCCAAACAUGCCUUUUUUUUUGCAAAAGUACCUUGCAGUGUGGGGCUAUUUUAUUCAAAUCUGUGGAAGUUAAUUAUUUUUGUUAAAGUAAAAUGUUAAAACAAUUUGGUAAAUGUUCAAUAUUUAUUACAGAUUCUGUAUAGUCUCUUUAAGGACUGAUUAUUCUACAUAACUUGUAAGUUGCUAGAACAAAUGUCGACAGUGUUCACUUGUUCAGUAUUGCAGUUCGGUUGUGUCCUUAUUGGACCUUGCACCUCAUUAGGAUAAAAAGUGGACAGCUUGGUCGUAGGAUUGUUGUGGGGUCUUGGAAGAGCCAUAAAAAUAGUAGGCAAUCAGUUUGAUAACACUCUGAUGUGUUGGAUUGGUUUCGCCUAAAUUAAUAACAAUUUUUUUUCAAAACUGGGGCAGGGGCGAUUUGAUUAGUCAUGUUUAUGUUCAGCAAAUACUUAAAUUUUAAAAUUGACUGUGUACCACGGUUCUGCAACCCAAUAGCACUACUACCAAAUAAUACGCAUUCAAUAAAAGUAGUAGAAAUUUUGCUAAAAACAUUUAAACAAUUUUGCUCAGGUCUGUUCCUGCAGUGGUGUUGCACUGACGAAUUACAAGUUGGCCAACUCGCAUUCAACUUUUUUUUUCUCCAACGUUUCCAGCAAAAUAUAAGAUGACCUAACAAAACUGAUGAAGCAGUUUCUUGAACAUUUACUUUGUGCACACAUUCUGAAUUAUAAUUAGCCAGGCUGGAUUGAACGUUUCUUGGUUUUUAUGGGGAAAUCUGUUAGUGUCAUGACUUAGAAGAAGAAUGCUGGUUAGUUGAGAAAAUAUGAAAGUGAAGUAAGGUUUUUAUAGUAAUACAACAUUUAAAAUUUCUGCAACAUAGCUACAUUUUUUCAUUCACUGCUAUAGUUUAAUGUUUUUAUUUGUUUAGAAUUUAGCUCUAUCCGCAUUACGUAAGUAAGAAUAAUAUUGCAGAAAAUAAAUUGUGUUUUGAAAUAGUCUGUCAGUUUGUCUGGAGUAACCUGACCUUUGCAUUCCUGUAUAUAGUUAUUCUAUCGACCUUUACAAACCAGCUAGCAGCAGUUACCAAGCACGCACUCACCCAAGUGUGCAUUUGCACACCUUCAGAAACUGCUUGCAGAUAAUGCAUAACUGGAUUUUAUUGGCUGUCCAUUUUAGUACUAACCAUCUAAACAUUUUUUUAGGUAUCAGUGAUCCACUUGCCUUUGAGCUCACAGGUUUCCCCAAAAAUUCCAUAUCAUGGCCCAGUUGGUCCUAGACUUGUUGUUAUCCUUGUCUUGCGCAAGUGAUUGUGAGCAACUCUUUGACCCAGCUUACUGCAUUUAAACAGAUUCUGUUGUAAAUAGUUUUUAAUAAACCAUCGUUGUGACUGAACAUUACAGUCGGACCAGGAUUCCAUUGGUAUGAUGUGUUGGUAAUUCUGUCACUGGAAUGAGUACACUUUGUUCACAUCGUCAGUUAUUUUUAUCAUAAUUUUUUAAGUUCUUUUUCCUGAGUAGUAGCUUUUAACGUUGGUAUCUGUUUUAGAUGUGGAUGAACUGCAAUGUGGAUAAAUGUUUUGGUUAGUUACCUUACACGUGACCUGCUGGGAGUUGUGCUUUCUUGGCAAGUAUAUCCUGCAUGGGUGUGGAGUAAUAAUAAAAAGCUUCCAUGCGAUUAAGUUUGCUAAUGAAAGUGUUUUGUCUAAACAGAAAACAGUAUAUGCAGCCAAGUGUGUUUAACAAAGGAAUUGUGUGGAACACUGUAGCUUUAAUCACGCGGCAGCAAUGUAUGAAAACUGCUGUUAUGUCAUGUUUUGGUUCGAGUAGAAAUAAGUUUUGUAACAGUUUAUGUUCAAAUAAAGCUCCAGGUUUCUAAGA